AUGGUCCGCACCCUGUCGCGUCGGAAAAAUGGCCUGCGGUGUGGCCACGCGACUUGGAGCCCAUACUCGACUUCUGCAUUUCGUGCUCUUGCUGGCCCCGCUGUGCAACGUGAACGUGGACGUGAACUCUCUCCCGCCAUUCGAGCUGGGCGACGCUUUGGUGCGCAACUUGCAAACAUCGAUGCGACGUGCCUACUGGCGGGCGGACUGAAGGAGCUGAGCUGA